AUGCUCUCGCGCAAGGUGCUCACUAAGGAGGUCGCGGAGGCUGACAAGUCUCUUUAUGUCAUCAAAAGAGGUAGGCGCCUGACUGUACUUUACGCACCUCCUUGCGUUAGAUGGCCGGCGCGAGCAAAUUCACUGUCACAAGAUUACGAAGCGCAUUGAAAAUCUUUGUGAUGGACUUCACAAAGACUUCAUUGACGUUGUAAGUUCCCCCUACACCAACAACAAAUGUUUGAGCAAUCGCCCUCUGUAUUUCCCCUGAGAUUUAUGUUAUCUGCGCAUCUAACCCGUUUCUCGAGUUGGUUAUUUACUUGGUUGGUGCACAUCGACUCCAACUUCAAGUGCAUUGCGACCAGCCCCGUAUACCCUGAUAGCAUUCUGCUCGCCCAGAGCUAGCCCGGUCGCGGGCUAGUGUUGCGAUUGACUGGAUUUUUCCGGUAAUCCCAGCGGACACUGUCCAUUCGGGAACAGUAUGUUGACGCGCCUUUUCGGGCGAGUUGAGGGCGUGGUAGCCCGAAACGAUUUAAGUCUCCAGACAGGGGCGUAAAUUCCGGACAAAGUGUGUGCGUACAUCCUGCAUGCGCGCGUGCGCGCAAAGGGAUCCCCAGGCGUGACGUGCAAAAUGCACUCGGGUGAACAUCGAGGAGGGGGUGUAGCAGAAAAGCUCCUUUCCUCGCACGAAUCGAUCAUUGUCAGCCAGUCAGGUUACUAGCCCGCAAUUUAAACGGGCUAGCAAAUGUCUAGCCCUGGGUGACUACAUGCUGUCAGGGAUAAGACACCUAUGAUUUGAUCUCAGUCGCCGAUUUCCUCACUCGUGGGUAGAUGAUAAAUACUUGACCUAGUAGAGGGCGACUUAGAAUGUUAUUUAUAUUCCUGCUCACAUUAAAGAGCCUCAUAACAUGCACCACCUCAUUUGCAGGAGUACAUUACCGCGCGCGUCGUAGCGGGGCUCUAUUCCGGCGUUCCAACAUCUGAGCUCGACACUCUAGCCGCUGAGACUUGCGCGAGCAUGACAACAAAACAUUAUGACUACGGCACACUUGCCGCCCGUAUAUUUGCCUCGAACUUGCACAAGGAGACGAAGCCCAAAUUUUCCGAAGCUAUGGAAGAACUCUAUAACUAUCACAAUCCCAAGAAUGGUCUGUUUACGCCGAUGAUUUCUGAAACCACGAUUAACAUUGUCCGUGCCAAUUCCAAGCGUUUGGAUGCUGCAAUUGACAAUCAGCGCGAUUUCGAUCUCAACUUCUUUGGUCUCAAGGUGCGUCUCACAAAACAUUGCCUAUUUCACUCCGAGCUGCUCUUCAAUACUUAUAAAUUCUAUCCUGUUUUUAGACCCUUGA